UGAGAACAUUCUGAGCCGUUUCCGCCGCCAUUGCGGAUUUGGACUGCAGAUCAGUGCUGAAGCCACUGCCAUCCAUUCAGGCAGUGGAGAAAACGCACAAGCAUUCGGCGGCUACACCUGACAUAUUCGACUACAGUUUUGGAACUGAGACUAAUAGCAUCUUACCAGUAACAUCUUGUUUGGACGUAAAUCUUACUUGUUUGAGAACGACCUAGGAGUCGGUGAGGAGGUCGUAGUUAGCACGGUGCUAACUAGCUAACGUUAGCUGCUAAGCUAGAAUUUUAGGACUCCAGAGAAGCCUAGGAAACCCGCCAUGGCUCAAAUACUACCUAUCCGCUUUCAGGAGCACCUGCAGCUCCAGAACCUGGGAAUCAACCCAGCUAACAUUGGAUUCAGCACCCUGACAAUGGAGUCAGAUAAGUUUAUCUGUAUAAGAGAGAAGGUGGGCGAACAGGCGCAAGUGGUCAUCAUAGAUAUGGCCGACCCCAACACUCCCAUCCGUCGGCCUAUCUCUGCUGAUAGCGCCAUCAUGAACCCUGCUAGCAAAGUUAUCGCCCUAAAAGACGCGGCAAAAACUCUCCAGAUUUUUAACAUUGAGAUGAAGAGCAAGAUGAAGGCUCACACCAUGACAGAUGACGUCACCUUUUGGAAAUGGAUCUCCCUAAAUACGGUAGCACUGGUCACAGACAAUGCUGUCUACCACUGGAGUAUGGAGGGAGACUCCCAGCCAAUCAAAGUAUUUGACCGACACUCCAGCCUAGCAGGUUGUCAAAUCAUCAACUACCGCACUGAUGCCAAACAGAAAUGGCUACUUCUCAUUGGAAUUUCUGCACAGCAAAACCGUGUAGUGGGAGCCAUGCAGCUGUACUCUGUAGACAGGAAGGUAUCCCAGCCCAUUGAGGGGCAUGCUGCUGGCUUCGCCCAGUUCAAAAUGGAGGGAAACACAGAGGAAUCCACACUAUUCUGCUUUGCUGUUCGAGGGCAAGCUGGAGGAAAGUUACACAUUAUUGAGGUGGGUACCCCACCAACAGGGAAUCAGCCAUUUCCCAAGAAGGCUGUGGAUGUGUUCUUCCCUCCAGAGGCGCAGAAUGACUUCCCUGUAGCCAUGCAGAUUAGCUCCAAGCAAGAUGUUGUCUUUCUGAUCACCAAAUAUGGCUACAUCCACCUUUAUGACCUGGAGACUGGCACCUGUAUCUACAUGAAUAGGAUCAGUGGGGAGACCAUCUUUGUUACAGCCCCACAUGAACCGACCGCUGGCAUCAUUGGAGUCAACAGGAAAGGACAGGUUCUGUCAGUGUGUGUGGAAGAGGAGAAUAUCAUCCCUUACAUCACCAACGUGCUCCAGAACCCAGACCUGGCGCUGCGCAUGGCUGUGCGUAACAACCUGGCCGGGGCGGAGGAGCUCUUUGCCCGGAAGUUCAACACCCUGUUUGCUGCUGGGAACUAUUCCGAAGCAGCCAAGGUGGCUGCCAACGCUCCCAAGGGUAUCCUACGUACUCCUGACACCAUCCGGCGGUUCCAGAGUGUGCCGGCCCAGCCAGGCCAGACCUCUCCCCUGCUGCAGUACUUCGGCAUCCUGCUGGACCAAGGCCAGCUCAACAAGUUUGAGUCUCUGGAGCUGUGCAGGCCUGUCCUACAGCAGGGACGCAAGCAGCUGCUGGAGAAAUGGCUUAAAGAGGACAAGUUGGAGUGUUCAGAGGAGCUGGGUGAUUUGGUGAAGUCAGUGGACCCCACAUUAGCCCUCAGCGUCUACCUUAGGGCCAAUGUCCCGAACAAGGUCAUCCAGUGCUUUGCUGAAACCGGACAGUUUCAGAAGAUUGUCCUUUAUGCUAAAAAGGUGGGUUACACUCCAGAUUGGAUUUUCCUCCUAAGGAAUGUGAUGAGGAUCAGUCCAGAACAGGGCCUCCAAUUCUCCCAGAUGCUGGUGCAGGAUGAGGAACCACUAGCUGACAUCACACAGAUUGUGGAUGUGUUUAUGGAGUACAACCUGAUCCAGCAGUGUACCUCCUUUCUUCUGGAUGCACUGAAGAAUAACAGGCCUGCCGAGGGCCCUCUGCAGACACGCCUGCUAGAAAUGAACCUUGUCCACGCCCCACAGGUAGCUGAUGCCAUCCUGGGCAACCAGAUGUUCACCCACUACGACCGAGCCCACGUUGCUCAGCUGUGUGAGAAGGCCGGCCUGCUGCAGAGGGCCCUGGAACACUACACCGACCUGUACGACAUCAAACGGGCUGUGGUGCACACGCACCUGCUCAACCCUGAGUGGCUGGUGAACUUUUUUGGCUCCCUGUCGGUUGAGGACUCUCUGGAAUGUCUGAGGGCCAUGCUGUCAGCCAACAUCCGUCAGAACCUGCAGAUCUGUGUACAGGUGGCCUCCAAGUACCAUGAGCAGCUCUCCACUCAGUCCCUAACCGAGCUCUUUGAGUCCUUCAAGAGCUUUGAAGGUUUGUUCUACUUCUUGGGCUCAAUUGUUAACUUCAGCCAGGACCCAGAGGUCCACUUCAAGUACAUCCAGGCCGCCUGUAAGACCGGACAGAUCAAAGAGGUGGAGAGGAUCUGCCGGGAGAGCAACUGCUACGACCCAGAACGAGUCAAGAACUUUCUCAAGGAAGCCAAACUGACUGACCAGCUCCCCCUGAUCAUCGUGUGUGACCGCUUUGACUUUGUCCAUGACCUUGUCCUUUACCUCUACCGCAACACCCUGCAGAAAUACAUCGAGAUAUAUGUACAGAAGGUGAACCCCAGCCGUCUGCCGGUGGUGAUCGGAGGGCUGCUGGAUGUGGACUGUGCUGAGGAUGUGAUUAAGAACCUCAUCCUGGUGGUUAGAGGACAGUUCUCCACCGAUGAGCUAGUAGCUGAAGUGGAGAAGAGGAACCGACUAAAACUGCUCCUGCCAUGGCUGGAAGCCCGUAUCCAUGAGGGCUGUGAGGAGCCAGCUACCCACAAUGCCCUGGCCAAGAUUUACAUUGACAGCAACAAUAACCCAGAACGCUUCCUUCGUGAGAAUCCAUUCUAUGACAGUCGCGUUGUGGGCAAGUACUGUGAGAAGCGGGACCCACACCUGGCCUGCGUGGCUUACGAGAGAGGACAAUGUGACCAGGAGCUCAUUCAUGUGUGCAAUGAGAACUCCCUGUUCAAGAGUCUGUCUCGCUACCUGGUUCGUCGUAAGGACCCUGAGUUGUGGGCCAGUGUGCUGCUGGAGAGUAACCCUUUCAGAAGACCCCUCAUCGACCAGGUUGUUCAGACAGCCCUAUCUGAGACACAGGACCCAGAAGAGGUGUCAGUCACAGUCAAGGCAUUCAUGACUGCAGACCUCCCCAACGAACUUAUUGAGCUGCUGGAGAAGAUCGUUCUGGAUAACUCAGUUUUCAGUGAACACAGAAACCUACAGAACCUCCUGAUCCUGACAGCCAUCAAGGCGGAUCGUACCCGUGUGAUGGAGUACAUCAACCGCCUGGAUAACUACGAUGCCCCUGACAUUGCAAACAUCGCCAUCAGCAAUGAGCUCUUUGAGGAGGCCUUUGCCAUCUUCAGGAAGUUUGACGUCAACACGUCUGCUGUGCAGGUUCUGAUUGAGCACAUUGGGAACCUGGACCGGGCCUAUGAGUUUGCAGAGCGCUGCAAUGAGCCUCCAGUCUGGAGCCAGUUGGCCAAGGCUCAGCUGCAGAAGGGUCUGGUGAAGGAGGCCAUUGACUCGUACAUCAAGGCUGAUGACCCCUCUGCCUAUAUGGAGGUGGGCCAGGCCGCAGCCCAGAGUGGUAACUGGGAGGACCUAGUGAAGUUCCUCCAGAUGGCCCGUAAGAAGUCUCGUGAGUCCUACGUAGAGACUGAGCUCAUCUUUGCCUUGGCCAAGACCAACCGCCUGGCUGAACUGGAAGAGUUCAUCAAUGGACCCAACAAUGCCCACAUACAACAGGUGGGCGACAGGUGCUAUGAUGAGAAGAUGUAUGAUGCGGCCAAGCUGCUCUACAACAACGUGUCCAACUUUGGGCGGCUAGCAUCAACCCUUGUCCACCUUGGGGAAUACCAGGCGGCCGUAGAUGGAGCCCGCAAGGCCAAUAGCACCCGCACCUGGAAGGAGGUGUGCUUUGCCUGUGUGGAUGGGAAUGAGUUCCGUCUGGCCCAGAUGUGUGGGCUGCACAUUGUUGUCCAUGCUGAUGAACUGGAGGAGCUGAUCAACUACUACCAGGACCGUGCUUACUUUGAGGAGCUGAUCACCAUGCUAGAGGCAGCCCUGGGCCUGGAGCGUGCUCACAUGGGCAUGUUCACAGAGCUGGCCAUCCUCUACUCAAAGUUCAAACCUCAGAAGAUGAGGGAGCACCUGGAGCUCUUCUGGUCCCGUGUCAACAUUCCUAAGGUACUGAGGGCGGCAGAGCAGGCCCACCUUUGGGCAGAGCUGGUCUUCCUCUAUGACAAGUAUGAGGAGUACGACAAUGCCAUCAUCACAAUGAUGAGCCACCCUUCAGAUGCCUGGAAGGAGGGCCAGUUCAAAGAUAUCAUCACCAAGGUGGCCAAUGUGGAGCUGUACUACAAGGCCAUCCAGUUCUAUCUGGAGUUUAAACCGUUGUUACUGAACGACCUGCUCAUAGUGUUAUCACCGCGACUCGACCACACUCGUUCAGUCAACUUCUUCAUGAAGACCAAGCAGCUCUCACUGGUCAAGCCAUACCUGCGGUCAGUGCAGAACCACAACAACAAAGGUGUCAAUGAAGCACUUAACAACCUCUUCAUCACAGAGGAAGACUACGCGGCCCUGCGUGCCUCUAUUGAUGCCUAUGACAACUUUGACAACAUCACCUUGGCCCAGGGCCUAGAGAAGCAUGAGCUGAUUGAGUUCAGGAGGAUUGCUGCCUACCUCUUCAAAGGCAACAACCGCUGGAAGCAAAGUGUGGAACUCUGCAAAAAGGAUAAACUCUACAAGGAUGCCAUGCAGUAUGCAUCGGAGUCAAAGGACGUUGAACUGGCUGAGGAGUUGCUGGCAUGGUUCCUAGAGGAGGAUAAAAAGGAGUGCUUUGCUGCCUGUCUCUUCACCUGUUACGACCUGCUGAGGCCUGACGUGGUUCUGGAGACAGCCUGGAGGCACAACAUCAUGGACUUCUCUAUGCCCUAUUUCAUGCAGGUCAUGAGGGAGUACCUCUCCAAGGUUGAUGCGAUUAAGGAAAAGGUCGACAAGCUCGAUGCCUCAGAGUCCCUAAGAAAACAGGAGGAGCAGAACACGGAGUCCCAGCCCAUUGUUUACGGCACACCCCAGCUCAUGCUCACUGCAGGUCCUGGUCAGGCCGUGCCCCCCCAGCCUGGCUACGGAGGCUAUGGCUACCCAGCAGCACCCGCUAGCUACGGCCAACCUCCCCAGCCUGGUUUUGGUUAUGGCAUGUGAAUGCACAGCACCCCUGACCUGAGUAACCAGUUUGUCUCUCCUUCUGUUCCUCACCAGCUUACCAUCCUCUUCUACUCACAACAGGAGAUACAAACAACAAGCAAACCUGUGCUCUUUAAAUUAUUUUUAUGUUCUCCCUUAAACUUCAAUGAAGGAGUUUUGUGUUCUUUGAAAAUAAAUUGGACCGUUUUUAUUUUUUUCACAUUCCAUAUUUAUGACUACUCAACACUUACUACAAUUACUUAUGUGUAAUUUUUUUUUAAUGAAUUAUAAUAUGUAUGUAAGUGGACUUGAGAAAGAAGCAAUUAACCUUUUCAAAUAGGUGGAGAAGCAGCUGAUUUGCACUCUGUUGUGAGAGGAAACAAAUAUAGAAACACAUUUUGACUUACUGAUGUAAACAGCUUAGUAUCUAUUGUCUGUCUGUAUAAUGCAUUUCAUUAUUGUAUAUUCUGAAAAAAGGUUACAUAUAAUAUUUGAACAUAUAUUGCCACUUCAAUGGCUAUAGCUAGCAACACUAAGUAACGAUAGUAUAUUCUGCACAGGCGUGUAGCUUUAUGGAGUUUUAAAUGCAUAUAGGCGUAUGUAUGUGAGUGUGUGGGUGUGUGUUUGAUCUAACGAUCUAAAUAAGAAUCUUAAUCCCUCUCGGUCUAUACUGGCUCUUCAGUCAACCCCAGUAGAUGUUAGUCUUUAUUUGUUGGCUAUGUGUUCAUCUAGAUGAUGUUCUGUUGUGCUGUGUACAGUGCUUGUGUGUGUAAGACUGUGUAUGUGCAGGGAGGUCGAAGACUGACUCUUCUGACCUGUUAGUGUUCCUUGUAUUGAGGUCUGUGUACGGCAGAUCUUGUGGUGUUCAAGGUCACAUUAUUUUUGUGUGUACAGAAGAUGAUUAAAAAAAGUGAAGACCCAGCUUGUAUUCCACGGCCCGGUCUGGUUUGGUUCAGUCAGUACGAUUGGCUCUGAGAACAAAGGGUUUUUUGACGACAGGGCCGUGCUCCUUUGGUGUCCUAUUGUCAACUUAAAUAGAACAGUAACACUCCUGUAGGUUAUGUAUUUAGAUGGUUAUUAUGAACUAGAUCUGUUCUUUGUCAAGAAUGGUCUGAAAUAAAAGCCUGUAUUUACCUUGA